AUGUUGUUCCCAGUGGAGGAGGCAGCGAGCGACCUGCAGCUGCGCCUGUGUGUGGGGGACGGCCUCGACACAGAGCGGCCCCCCCACGGUUCUGACAGUGACGAGCCGAAGGAGCUCUCCCUGCACCAGCCGCCCGACUGUCUGUGUCUGAAGCGGCGCCAGCUUCAGAGAGUUCCGGAGGAUCUUCUGAAGAACAGGGCCCUCAGGGCCCUAAAGUGUUUGUAUCUGGAGGGCAAUGAGCUGCAGAGUGUCCCCCCGGCUCUGUUCACCAGUUUACCCAACCUGGAGUGGCUGGACCUCAGACACAACCACAUCCCGGCUCUCCCCGCGGACAUCGGCCGACACAGGUGUUUAAGAACUUUGCUUUUAGAAGGGAAUCCUAUCGAAGAGCUGCCUCUGGAGCUUGGGAACGUGCUGAGCCUGAGCGGCCUCAACCUGCGCGACUGCCCGCUCCGCUUCCCUCCGACCGACGUCCUGCACCGCGGCGUCUACGGCAUCCUCCAGUUCCUGAGAACGGCUCUGGCCCAGCGCCCCGUCAGCGCCCCCAUGAGGCCGCCAGGUGACCGCGCAUUCCCCAUGUGCACCGCACAGCCGCGCCUCCGCCUGCCUCCUCUCAAACGCACAUCCAUCCACCCAUCUGCCUCCCGUGUCAGAGAUAGGGCACACAAAAAUAGCUCCCUCGUGCCCCGGUGCCCGUCCGCCAGGUUGACUUCUGUUACCAUGGCAACCGCUCGUAUCGUUGCUCGUCUCGUUGCUCCGGCUGCAGGUCCGUAA